AUGAGAACAUUAGAUACUCAGCCAAUACACUCGACAUCAACAACACCUGCUACUCGCCGAGUUGUUAGAACUUCAAUUUCGCCACAAGAUUUAGAAGAAACAACAGUUAAAGCCAAGGCGCAUUACAUCGGAGUAAAAAUCGAGCAAGAAGAAAAUUUUAAACAUGUAAUCACACAGAAUAUAGCCCAAGAUCAUCUGCAAUACGCAAGCCAAAUCUUCCAGGAAGACCUGAGAGAUCAUUUUGAAAACUCGUACGAAGAAAUAUGUGAGGUGCAGAACAAAUACCUCGAACUAUGGCAUGCAAUUUUACAAAUAGAACCAACGAUAGCAAUGCGCACCAUCUUAGGAAGAGAGGAUAUAUCUGCACGAUUUGUAGGACCGCAAGUACUACACGUCCAUCCCUGCACACCAAUAGAGGUUGCAACAAUAUUCCGCAACCACACAGUUAAUGGUACGUGCUACCUUGAAACCCCAGUAAUAACUAAAGAAGGAGAGCUACUAUUCUUAAAUCCCGGUUCAAAGGACCUUUUUCCAAGCGGAAAAGAUACCCCUUGCGAA